CAAUGGUCAUCCACAAGAUCUACGUACCGCCGUCGGUUGUGAAGCUCCCGCCGAGGGUGGAUCCGAAUCACUUGCCACCGGCCACCGCUUAUCAGCCACCGGCAGGCGCGGAUUUUCCGUUGAUUGCGGAGGAUGCCGGUGCGGGCUCUAGCACGUUACCACCGUUCGCGGAACCGUUGCCGCCUUUCGCGGAGGAUCCAGUGGUCGAGCUGGGACCGGGGCAGAUUGUUGGCCGCAAGAAGGUUCUACCGAAUGGUACGGAGUACUACUCGUAUCAAGGCGUACCGUACGCACAUCCACCCGUGGGCGAGCUACGGUUUAAGCCACCGGUUCCGCUGGAAAAGUUCACCGAAGAACCGCUGCAGUGUGGAGAGGAAAGGGGCAUCUGUCUGGCGACUUUUUAUCUGCCGCCAAGUGCACCGGGUACGGAGGAUUGUCUCUAUCUGAAUGUCUACACGCCGAGCGCGCCCGGUAACCGGGGAGCACCCCUGAAACCGGUCAUGGUGUGGAUCCAUGGUGGUGGAUUCUACACCGGCAGCGGUAAUACGGACUUCUACGGACCGGAGCCAUUGCUGCAGCAUGACGUCAUCCUGGUUACGUUUAACUAUCGGCUCGGUCCGCUCGGUUUUCUGGCACUGCCGGCGGUCGGCGUGUACGGCAACCAGGGACUGAAGGAUCAGCAGCUGGCGUUAAAGUGGGUGCACGAUAAUAUUGCCCAGUUCGGGGGCGAUCCAUCCAACGUGACACUGUUUGGGGAGAGCGCUGGGGGGGCCUCGGUUCAUUUGCAUUAUCUUACUGAGGGAUCGAGAAAAUAUUUCCACAAAGCAAUUGCACAAAGUGGAACGAUGCUCUGUCCGUGGGCUUUGCAGUACCAGCCGGAGCAUAAGGCACGCCGGUUGGCCGCUCUGCUCGGCUACACCGGGGAGGAUGAUGCCGGAGUGUUGGAGACACUGCAAAACGCAUCAGUGGAGGACUUGGUGGCAAAUUCCACGCGGGCAUUCGACGAGGCGGAGACCACUACCUACCUGCUGUCUCCAUUCAUCCCAGUGAUCGAGGAUGCUGCGUCGGAGGAUCCCAUCAUUCCGCACCGUAGCGAAGAGCUGCUGAAGCAGGCGAACACCGUCACCAUUCCGCUGAUUUCCGGUGUUACCAGUGCCGAGGGUAUUGCGUUCCACGCUACGAUUUCACCGAAGCUGGCUGAGAUAGCGGCCAAUUUGAGCAUGGUUAUGCCAUUGGAUCUGGCUGUUCCGCAUGAUCAGUCCAGCGACGUGCACGAAGAGGUGCGCCAGUUCUACUUCCAGGAUCAAGCGAUCGAUGAGACGAACAUUUCGAAGCUGCUGGAGUUGUUGGGCGAUGUAACGUUUAACUUUCCGGUUUAUGCUGCCGCUGUGCUACAGUCACGCUACCAACCGGGAGCACCACAGUACUUUUAUCGUUUCGGUUACGAGACCGAGUUGAACCAGGGCCGUGUCCAUGUCAAUGUCCCCGAUGGGCUGCCCGGUGCAGCGCAUGCCGACGAGCUGGCCUAUCUGUUCAGUGGAUCCGCGUUUAAGGUACAGCUGGAACCGGACUCGGCAUCAGCCCAGGCACGGGAUCUCGUGAGCCGCCUCUGGACGAACUUUGCCAAGUUUGGCAAUCCGACGCCGGACGAGCAGGUUGGUACGCUCGGAUUCCAGUGGGCACCGGUGGUACCGACGGCCGAGGAACCCUUCCAGUUGCACGCACUCGAACUCACCAACGACGCGGUCACGAUGAUCGAGAAUCCGUUCGCCGAGCGGAUGCAGUUCUGGAAGUCGCUGUACGAGCGUUACAACCCAACACUCCGGUCAGUGAGUCAGUCAGUCGGUUGGUGUGUCGGAGAAGAAGGUUGUCCACUGGUUCCAAGAUUUUUUUACGUGUCAGUGCCUGUACUUGAUCUCGCCAAAAUGGUGAUGCGCAACAUACGCCACAUUGACCCAGCGAUCCAGCUAGCCGCUCAGCAGGGUUGUGCCGCUUCCCGGGUGAUGGUGAAGGUAGCCCAAGGGUUCAUCUACGGCACGAAGGAUCGUCUACCGAAUGGGCAACCGUACUAUUGCUUUAAGGGUGUACCGUACGCUCAGCCACCGAUUGGUCGGUUGCGUUUCGCCUCUCCCGUUCCGAUCGAGAAGUACUCCGCCACCUACCUGGACUGUAGCCGUGAGCGUAGUGCUUGUUUCGGGCGUGAUGUCAUCACCCGUGAGAUCACCGGAUCGGAGGAUGGCCUGUUCCUGAAUGUCUACACGCCACGGAUCGGGAAAGAGGUGGAUGGCGGCAAUCCCCUGCCGGUGAUGGUGUUCUUCCAUGGCGGUGGCAUGACCGGUGGAAACGCUGACAGUAGUCUCUACCUGCCGGACUAUCUGGUACAGGAGGGCGUUAUCGUCGUCACCGUCAACUAUCGGCUCGGUGUACUCGGUUUCCUCUGUCUCCCGCAGGCCGGUAUCGAGGGGAAUGCAGGAUUGAAGGAUCAGCGAAUGGCCUUACAGUGGGUACAGCAGAACAUCCCGGUAUUUGGCGGUAACCGGGAAAACGUUACCCUAUUCGGCGCAAGCUCCGGUGGAACGAACGUGCUGUUUUUGCACUUUGCCGACCAGUCUUCAAACAAAAAACUCUUCCAAAAAACGAUCGCCCAGAGCGCAACGAUUUUUUCGGAUCUAGUGUACCAAACAGAACCGGAGGAGCGCGCUCGAUCGCUGGCACGUAUCUUUGGGUACGAGGGAACCUCGGACGAGGGAGCGCUGAGCACGCUGCGUGACGUACCGGCCAGACGGUUGUACGAAGCGCAGUUCCUUGUGCUGUCAGCCCGGCAGCGAGAGUACGAAUCGAUCUUUCAGUUUCCGUUCACUGCCGUGAUCGAACGGCCGGAAUCGGUGGAUGCCGUGCUACGGAAGACACCGGUGGAGUAUCUGCGAGAGCGGGAUUUCUUCACGAUGCCGGUCCUGUGCGGGUACAACGAUCGUGACGGUAUGCUGGAGCUGAUCGAUAUGAUGAAACAUCUGGCGGUGUACAAUGAGCGGCCGGAGAAGCUGAUCUGUGCGUCGUUCGAGGUGGACUACUUUAGCCCGGAGGCACGGGCACUUGGGGAGGAGCUGAGGCGACAUUACCUCGGCGAGGAACGUAUCGCCCGUGGUAACAUUAGCCAGCUGGUGGAUCUGUUGACGGAUCGGUUUCUGGUCGGGUUCUACUUGUUCUGUCAACUGUGGCACCAACACCAGACGAAGGCGCCGGUGUACUCGUACCGCUUUGCAUACGAUGGUUCGCUUAAUAAGGGUAAAGAGUUGCUCAAGUUUCGGGAGCUGGCGGGUGCGUGUCACAUCGACGAGGUGUACUAUCUGUUCAGUUCCGCCUUGCUACGCACCGAGAUUGCUCCCGGUGAUCCGGCGUACCAGAUGCGCCGUACGAUGGUGCAGAUGUGGACAAACUUUGCGAAACACUCGGAUCCAACGCCACCGCAUGAUGAACGGCUAGCGGUACGUUGGGAACCGAUGAGGGCGAUGCCGGAUGGAGAGGGUAGGACCAACUAUACGCUGCUGUCGAUCGGCAACGAUGAGCUGAAGAUGGACACGAUACCUGAGCUGGGUCGCAUGCAGAAGUAUCUCGAGUUGUUGCGACGCUGUAACGGUGCCAUCGAUCAGUUUCCGAUACCGAAGGCACCAGAGAAGAGGAGGGAGCAGACUGGAGCAUGAUCUACCGUUGGUGAUAUGCGAGCAAAAAAAAACCUUUGACUUGUUGUGAUACAAAUUCGGUGUCUCGACGAUGUUUCCAUGUUUUAGCUGGCUUUUAUUGAGUGUUUAGUGCAUGAACUGGUGCUUAUUAAUUUAAAACUUACUUACUAACUUCUCUAGCUGCCAAGUGUUAGAAAUACAUAGCUUUAAGCAAAUCAC